AUGACUUGUAAUCCCGAAAAGAUUAAGGCUCUACUGGAAAACGUCGAACAAUUUGGUUCUCCAGAGAUUAAAGUCAAACUAGAUGCGGAGUUUCUGAAUUGCAAUUAUUUUUUCAGAUUUUUUUUAAACGGCGAAUAUAGCAAAGAAUUUGACGAUCAGUUAGGUAUAUUUGUUGAGCAUGGCCUUGAUGUUAACAUUCGGACCAAGGAUGGUUGGUCUGUCAUGCAUUCUACCUUUGAUGUAAGAUGUACAGAUAGAACUAAAAAUUUUUUAAAAUAUGGCGCUGAGAUGAAUUCUAUAUGCCUUAAAAAAUUAUCACCUGUUGACUUACUUUUUGGGGAAUUAUUUCCGAUCGAGACAGAUGAUCAUUUGAAAGUAUAUAGAUUUAUCAAUUUUAUUUCCCAGCAUUUGUUUAAAAUGAGGCUUCUGAAUCAAUUCGUCUGUGAAAAAGACUAUCAGCAAGUGAUGGAAAAGGCUGACAACCCGUAUCGGUAUGAGGAAGAGUACAAAAAAGAAAUCGACAAGAUGAAAGCUACGGUGAUUAAUAAUUAUAUCACUUAUUAUGACAUUGUGCGAGCUGGUUUAUAUAAAUUGGUCAAGUAUUUGGAAGACUCAGUUAUUUUCGAAACAUUGAAGUCUGGGAAUUAUGAAUCUGAGUUUCCAAAAUUCAAAACAAUUAUUAGUGGCUGUUUUUACAGAGCUUUUAUUAGAAAGAAACUCCUGGAUGAAGUUUCUUGCUACACUAUAUUUGAUGUUGUCAAUACAUUUCCGUAUCCUUGUAUGCGAUCCAUAAUGGACAACUUCAGUAAUCGGGAUCUGAGAUAUUUGAUUUAUCAAUUUCGUCUUUCGAAAAGAUCUUAA